UGAUUGUUUUUCUGGUGGCGUGAGUGUUGGCAGACGGCUGGAGACUGUCAACAUCAGCUGGCUGUGUCAUCUUUUCCUCUACUGUGUGAGUUACGGCAGUUUGUGGGGGUUUCGGUGUUGGACAAUAUGGACUACUCGAUUACUGGAGGGAGGCAGCGUCGUUCAGUAGAGCAGAAUCGUGGCCGGAGAGUAUUAGGUGGUGGAUUGCCUUCAGAAAAGAGUGUAGGGAACAUGUAUGAAAACCAGUAUGAUGCGUAUGGGCAGCCUCAACAACAACAACAAGCGCCGCCACAACUCUUUGAAGAUACCAGUGGCCAAAAUUUUGGCUAUGGAAACCAAGGUUAUGCAGGCAUGAACUAUGGGUAUCCACCUCCAGCACAAGUGGACCAGACUGCAAGUGGGUCCUUUGGUGCUUACACAGGUGGUGUGCCAGGAACACAAAUAUUUCAGGACCCAUUGGUAGCCAACAUGGCAAUGCAGUAUGGACAGACUCUAGCUAAUCAGGGCCGAGAGUAUGUGGAUCAAAAAUUGCAUAAAUACGUCAGUAUGAGUCAAGUCAAGUAUUAUUUUGCGGUUGACACCCAGUAUGUAAUGAAGAAACUCAAACUGCUCUUCUUCCCAUUCACACAUUCGGACUGGAGCGUGCGGUAUGAGCAGGACGAACCCGUACAACCACGUCACGAGGUCAAUGCCCCUGACUUGUAUAUCCCCUUGAUGGCUGUAGUGACCUACAUCUUAGUGGCUGGGCUCUGCUUGGGGCUACAAGAGAGUUGCUGGGACUGCCCUGUGAAGUACACCAGAUUUUCACCUGAUGUGCUUGGGAUGCAGGCCAGCUCAGCACUGGUGUGGCUGGUGCUGGAGAUUUUCAUCAUUAUUGCCACAUUGUAUGUCACAGCUAUACAGACUCAUGUGAAAUCCUUGGAUCUAUUAGCAUUCUCUUCAUACAAAUAUGUAGGGAUGAUUGUUGCUCUUUUGGCUGGCCUGGUAAUGGACAGCUUGGGUUACUACUGUGUUCUAGCAUACAGCAGCUUUAGCCUAGUUGUUUUUAUGUUUCGAACAUUACGAUGGCAAGUUCAAGGUGGUGAUGGAGCCAUGGAAGCCUACAGUGCAGGCAACAAGCGCCGUCUCUAUCUGCUGCUCUUUAUGUCUGGUCUUCAACCUCUGAUGAUGUGGUGGCUCACUAAACACUUGGUGGCUGUCUGAAGCUCAAAUGAAAAUAGCUGCCAUGUAGAUAUUAAGCCAAUGUUAUGACUGAAAUUGGACCUGGUAAUUUAUAUUUUAUUAUAUAUAAGACUGUGUGAAGUUAACUUAUAAAAAUUAUAUGCAUUUUUCUCCAAAUUAUAUGCAGUUUUGCUCAAAAGUACCUAUAGGAAGAGUUUACACAUGAGCCAGGCCAGUUACCCCACCACCUAACACCCACACAACUGCGUGGCUGUACACACCCUCUAGAUCACAUCCAUGACGCCUUCCUCCAUCCCCCCUCCCAAUCACCCUCUAAUUAUGCAUGCGUACAUUUGGGAGUGUGUGUGUGUGUGUAUAAACCUAUAUCAGUACAUAUUUAAAAAUAAAAACAAUAUUUUCCUUUGGAUAUUUUAUGAUGUUAAAAUAUAAAUAAAUAUUUAAAUACAGUACUGUAGUAAUUUUUUUUUAGAAUGCCCAUUAAUAUUUUCUUAAUAUAAAGUGAUAAUUAAAAUAUAAAACAAAUACUGUACAGAAGUUCUUACGAAAAUUCACCGAGGGUGUCUCUCUUGCUCUAGUUGUUUAUUACUUUAUCUGUCCUGUAUCUGUUUCUGUAGUGUGUGUUGGGAAACCAUUUUGCCGUGUUAAUCUCAUUCCGACAUUGCUUUAUUUUUGGCAGCAUUUUGUAUGCUGUAUUGUAUUUUGUUAAGAAACUUAGUGUGUUAAAAUAUUAAACACUUUAGGUGUUACGUGGCUGCCUGUAUGGCAUUUAUCACUUGUAGAUACAGUGUGUUGCUUUUUAUUAUUUUAAAUAAUUUUUUUUUUCGUCACAUGUAUGGAAAAUGGUGCAUAAAAAUUUAUAAGUAAUUAUGUUUAUAAAAGGGUAUAGUUUUAAGAGAAUUUAUAAUUAUAGAUUGAUAAUGGACAUGUGCAAAAUAAUUUAGUAUUGUAUUAUUUCAUGAUAGCAUUUUAUGAUUUAUACAAAAAUAUACAUACAAGAAUAGUAAUAGUUGUAUGGAACCUUAUCAACGAGAGAUCUGUUUAACCAAAGUGAUAUUGAUUAUGAAAGGAGUACUGUAUUGCCAACUUUUUCAUUAAAUUUGUUUAAGGUAAUCUAAUGUGUACUAAUUUUUUUCAUAAGUCUUCUAUAAAAAGUAUAUUAAUUACAUAAUGUCAUUUAUUAUAUAGAGUGUAACAAAGUGAGCACUAAGCCGUGUACACUGUGUGUGAAGUAGUGUGUUGCCUCACGGGGCCAUGUGCUGUGUAUAAUGAUAUUUUCACCACUUUAGGAGACAGCCUUGAAAGAAAUAAUAGGAAUAUACACCAAAUUCGGGUUAGCCGAGAGAUUUUGAGGUUUGCAGGUCUAAAAAGUUAAAGGCCCUUAAAUGGUUACAAGUAAAUUUAGUAGUAUUGAGUGGCUCUUUAAUAGGUUGUGGUAAUUAAACAGGAUAAUUUAUAUUUUAUGUGAAUGUUUGCAUAUGAAAUUGAAUGGUUCAAGUGAAUAUAACAUCUUGCACUCUUUCAUAUGUAAUUAUGUAUAUUUAAUCACAAAUUAUUUACAUUUACAUAUUAAUGUAUAUUACAGAUAUUGCUGAAGAAUAAAUUAUCAUAUAAUACACUUCCAACAUACACCUUUAUUUUCAUAAGUCUGUCCUCCCACCUUAUUGUCAUUAACAUUCUUCCAUACCAUCUCAAUACUCCAGUUUGUCCCUAUCCAAACUUUACCCUUAAAACUCCAUUUUUCAGAAAUUUUCAUGCUAUCCUGCAUAUCAAUUCUUGUAACUUGGUUAUUAAAUGCAAAUCCUCAGAUGCUGUUAUCAAGAGUCUGCACAUCUGGGAACCAAGAAGAAAUUGCUGUCCCCAGUAACCAAAAUUUAUAUCAUAUGCAGAUCCUACAUACUCAGAUUUAAAUUUUAUGAUUGUACUGUACAUCACUAAUGUGUAAAUUCAUUCUCAACUUGUAAUUAUAAUCUAUUUUGUUAUUUCUUAAAACUUUUUUAGCCAAUACAUAUUUGAGGAAGAGUGGGGCAUUAAGUAUUUCCAAUAAAGAGCACCCUGUGGAUUAUUUUCUCUGCUUCAUUUCCAUAUUACUUCACCGGUUUAGGUUAUCAGUCUUAAUAUAUCACCUGGAGAGUGAAAUAUAUUACUUUAAAUUUGGUAUAUGUAAAGUGUAGCCUGUGAGAGCCGGGAAGCAAAUUUUCUUGGUCCUCUUUUCUAAGCCAAUUAUUUGGCCAAGCCUAACUGAACGAGCAGCACUCGUGUACCUUUGUGUGGGAACGGCUGAUAAGUAUGUCUUGGAAACAUGUUGCAUGCUGCCAAAUUUAUUUUAGCUUUAUAAUCCUCCAGCGACAGUUUUGAGAAAUCCCUAUAAUUUUGUUGGCCAUUUAGUGAGACUUAAAACGUUUCUUAAAUUCCUUAAACUUUAGUACUGUAAGAAUAGUGCUUAAGUCCUAUGUACAUGUGUUCAUUUAUAAAUCUAAAUAUAAAAAGAAAAGCCUUAUUAAACAUACCUAAAGGUAGGAUCUAACUGAAUUUUACAUAUGUUAUGAUUAAUGCCUAUACAUCAGAUGAAAUUAAAAAAUUGUAAAACUGUCUUAGAGAUAUUAAAAGCGAACAAUUUUU